AUGCGGCUCAUUCGCGGAUCCAAAGCGAAGCCGGGGCGGAUGUACCCAUUUAUGUACGGAUACGCAAAGGGACCGCAGCGAUGUUCUAAAAUGUGUCGGCAGUGGGUGGGGAAUUUGAAGAAAGGGGGUGGGGCUCUGACUGUGACAUGGAAGUCUACAGCCAAUAAAGCUACCAAAUAUCACAGAUUGAAAAACCUCCUGUCAUCAAAGGAUCAAUCUGACGCUCACAUGCUGCAGAGGGGUGGGUCUGUCUGUGAUACAAACACGUAUCGACUCCUCCAAUCAGAUUGCCUUCAGAACCGUAUACCAAUCACACAGCACUUUGGGAGGUCUCGACCACGUCGGCCAACACACAAGCAUCCUAUUAACCAGGGGUAUGAACGACAGAAUGAGACACAGGACGACAACAACACCUGCGAGGACAGUGAGUUAACGGAGGGUCUUGAGCAGUGUUCUGGCUCCAGUGAGCUGCAGGAUGAUGAUGAGCUUUCUCUCUUGGCUGACCCAGAGGAGAUGGACCUUCUCGGGGAGAUCUUUGAGUGUUCUCGACCUCUUCAGCUUCAACAGCAGUGA